CUCUCUCGGAGCUGGAGAGGAGAGCUCUUCUGCCUCUCUCCUCCUGCAGCAGCAGCAGACUUCUCUCUGCAGCCUCCCGUUUUUCCCACCAAGGAUAUGGGGAUUAAGAGAGUCUGUGGGAUUAUUCCUCGGCUAGGCUGGAUUCUGCUCUGCCUGUGUGGGACAACAGGACAAGAGGUGUGUGACGGCCCGCUGCUGACCAGCCUGCUGCCCUCGUCCUUCAGCAGCUCCUCUCAGCUGUCCAGCAGCCAUGCGCCGGGCUUCGCCAAACUCAACCGACGAGAGCUGGUCCCCCCUCACCUCAGACAGGUAUCAGUGGCUGCAGGUGGACCUGGGCGAGCGGACCAGGAUYACCGCCGUGGCCACGCAGGGGCGCUACGGCAGCUCUGAUUGGCUGACGUCCUACCUGCUGGUGUUCAGCGACACGGGCCACAACUGGAAACAGUACAGACAGGAGGACAGCCCAGGGCCUCUGAAGUGGUGCGUUUCGAUGGCAGCAGCGGUCUGGUGURCAGCCUGAGCCCCGGCUCCGUCAGGUCCGCGGGCGUGGUCACGCUGAAGUUUAAAACCGCCAGGAACUCUGGGACGCUCCUGCGGGCGGAGGGUCGGGAGGGGCGGAGCCUCAGUCUGGAGUUGGAGCGAGGGGAGCUCCUGCUGCUGCUCAGACAAGGCAGGACUUUAUCUUCAGAGCCCAGACGUCUCGCAGCGCUCGGUUCCCUGCUGGAUGAUCAGCACUGGCACCACGUGGCUGUGGAGCUGCACAGCCUCCACCUCAACCUGACUGUGGACAAACACACCGAGAGGCUGCAGGUCCCUGCAGACUUCCACCACCUGGAUGUUCAAAAGCUGAGUGUGGGGUCAGUUCAGGGUCCCACCUCUCAGAAACCAAACAAGAGGAACUUCCACGGCUGCGUAGAAAACCUGCUGUUUAAUGACCUCAACCUGAUUGAACUGGUUAAACUCAGAGACCACAGAGUUUCUGUCAGGGGCAACGUGACCUUUUCCUGUCCCGAGCCCGUUUCUGUCGCCGUCACGUUCCCGGGCCCCCGGAGCCUCCUCCAGCUGCCGUGGGCGACGUCGUCGGYGUCGAGGGGCGUGUCCGUAGGGUUUCAGUUCAGGACGUGGAACGAGGCGGGGCUCCUGCUCACCUUUGACCUUCUGCUGCAAGGGGGCGUGGUCUGGUUGUACCUGAGCGAGGGCAGAAUCCAGCUGCAGGUCCAGAAAGGAGGCAGGGUGCUGCUGGAGCUCAGCACAGGUUCUGCUCUCAGUGACGGUCAGUGGCAUUCGGUGGAGCUGAACWCCAGACGAGGUCGUUUGACGGUUUCUGUGGAUGAAGAGGACGGAGGGAACGUUCAGGCCGGCCUGCCUUUUUCUGUCGCUGCAGAAACUCACCUCUUCUUUGGUGGUUGUCCUGCUGAGGACGCUCAGGAAUGUAGACGCAGCUUUAGCUCAUUCCAGGGCUGCAUGCGCACCUUCACUCUGGACAACAAAAUCAUGGACCUGAUCUUGGUUCAACAAAAGCUGCUGGGGAACUACAGCAACCUGCUGAUUGAUAUGUGUGGAAUCAUGGACAGGUGUUCUCCCAGUCGCUGUGAACACGGCGGCCGCUGCACUCAGUCCUGGACCACGUUUCACUGCAACUGUUCUGACAGCGGCUACAGCGGAGCCACGUGCCACAGCUCUGUGUACAAACAGUCCUGCGAGGCGUACAAACACAACGGCAACACGUCAGGACAUUUUUAUAUCGAUGUGGACGGCAGCGGAGCGAUCAGACCCCAGCUGGUCUACUGCAACAUGACAGAGCACAACACCUGGAUGGUAAUACAGCACAACAACACGGAGCUGACCAGAGUUCCACCGUCUCCCGGCGUCGACCAGCUUUCGGUCCACUUCAACUACUCAUCAGCAGAACAGCAGCUCUCGGCUUCUAUCAGCCAAUCAGAGCACUGCGAACAGGAGCUGUCCUACCACUGCAGGAAGUCCCGCCUCCUCAAUACUCCAGAGGGGUCUCCGUUCAGCUGGUGGAUGGGUGGUCCCGGUCCCGGUCGAGUCCAGACCUACUGGGGAGGAGCUCAUCCAGGCAGCCAGCAGUGUGCCUGCGGCCUGCAGGGCGACUGUGUGGACCCACAGCACUACUGCAACUGUGACGCCGACCGCACCGAGUGGAUGGAGGAUGCAGGCCUGCUCACCCAGAAGGAGAGCCUCCCGGUCCGGUCUCUGGUGCUGGGUGACAUCCAGAGGACGGGUUCAGAGGCGGCCUAUAGGGUGGGACCACUCCGUUGCAAUGGAGACAGGAAUUUCUGGAACGCUGCGUUUUUCGACAAGGAGACGUCGUACCUCCACUUCCCGACGUUCCAYGGGGAGCUGAGCGCCGACGUGUCCUUCCUGUUUAAAACCACGGCCUCCUCCGGCGUCUUCCUGGAGAACCUGGGCAUCAAAGACUUCAUCCGGAUCGAGCUGAGCUCUCCCACCCGGGUGGUUUUCUCCUUCGAUGUUGGAAACGGGCCUCUGGAGGUUCAGGUGGACUCGAGGAUCCCGCUGAACGACGACCGGUGGCAUCAGGUCCGAGCGGAGCGGAACAUCAAGGAGGCGACGCUUGGACUGGACGACCUGCCCGUCUCCACCCAGCAGGCCCCGAGUGACGGACACGUCCACCUGCAGCUCAACAGCCAGCUCUUUAUAGGCGGCACGGCGUCCAGGCAGAGGGGUUUCCGGGGAUGCAUCCGCUCCCUGCAGCUGAACGGCGUCACCCUGGACCUGGAGGAGAGGGCCAAGAUCACGCCYGGGGUCCGGCCCGGCUGCCCCGGUCACUGCAGCAGCUACGGCUCGCUCUGUCAGAACCGGGGCCGCUGUGUKGAGCGAGUCAGCGGCUUCUACUGCGACUGCAGCGAGUCUGCUCACACCGGAGUCUUCUGCCACACAGAGCUGUCGGCCAGCUUCAAGUCAGGAACGUCAGUCAGGUACACCUUCAAGGAGCCGUACGAGCUGAAGAGAAACGGCAGCRCUCGGCCGUCCUCCAUCUACUCCGACACGACCCUGAGGGGAGAAAACGUGUCUCUGAGUUUCAGGACGACACAAAGUCCGGCUCUGCUGCUCUACGUCAGCUCGUUCUACAGAGAGUACGUGGCUCUGCUCAUCAACAAACACGAUAAGCUGGAGGUGAGAUAUAAGCUGGACGGCAGCAGAGAAGCUGAAGUGUUGAGGAGCAGCGCGAGGAGCCUGAGCAAUGGGCAGCUGCACAGCGUUACCAUCAGGAGGCUGACCAACACCGUUUCUCUGCAGGUUGAUCAGAAUGCCAGAGAAGUCUUCAACCUCACGUCUGAUGGAGAGUUUAAUGCUGUCAAGUCUCUGGUGUUAGGCAGAGUGCAUGCAGAAUCUGAAGACCUGGACCCUCACCUGGCCCGGCUGGCGUCCCUCGGUUUCACCGGCUGUCUGUCGGUGGUUCGCUUCAACUCCAUCAGCCCUCUGAAAGCGGCUCUGCUGCACCCRGACACCAGCCCCGUCAUGGUCACCGGACCUUUGGUUCAGUCCAGCUGUGGCUCUCUGGCUGCAGCCAAUCCCCACGCAGCUGAGAACACACACCGUGUUUCAGACCAGUCUGAUUCUGUGGGUUCUGGUCAACCUUUAGUCAAUGCCAUCAGGACCGACUCGGCUCUGAUUGGAGGUGUCAUAGCCGUGGUCAUCUUUGUGACGGUGACGGUUCUGGCCAUCGCCGCCCGGUACCUCUACCGAAGGAAAGACACGUAUCAGAACCAGGAGGGGAAACGGGUCCAACGGGAKGACAGUCCAGAGUUUCCCUUCAACAACCAGACGGACUCUCAGAACCUGUCCUGUGAAAACCCCAAGGAGUAUUUUAUCUGAGAGGAGGCCUGAUGACUUAAUGUGCUGCAGGCGUUUUAGUGAUGGGGGGUGGAGACAGGAGCGUCCCGACGGCCCCCGGAGCUUUCAGUGCACUCAGGAGCCACUCAGACUGAACUCUGGGCAGAAGUGGCUCCACAACAAACGUGAGGCGAAACGUUCAGUGUUUGUGUGUCUGUUGCGUUCCUGUAAAUCGUGGAUGUGUUGAUACAAACAGGCAACAGUGGACUUUAAAAGACGGCGACACGUUUCACAGAACAGUCAGCACGUAAAGUCUGAUUCCUGUCUUUGCAGCAGUUUCCUGUCACUUUGUUAUAUUAAGAUUUUUAAUUAAUGAAGGUGUUAAUAUUCAGUUUAUAAAGAGAAAAAGCGGUGGGGGGGGGUCAGGUUGGCAGCAUGUAGCUGGAUUUCUUGUAGGUUUUAAUGGUUUUAUGUUGUUUUUUAGAUUUCAMUAAUACCCAUGGAUAUUUAAUCUUUUUAUUUUUUAUUUCUUUUUCCUGGAGAGCAGAGUAUAAAUCUGUAUUAAAUGAUGUCUUUUUCUUAAA